CAGACAACGUCCAGAGCUGCGGCUUCGAUACCCGGGACUGUUAGCUACAGAUUCUUAUUACUUUUGGAAGAUAAUAUCAAAACAAAAAUAAAUUUAUUUAUUAGUGAAUUACAGUAUAAUUAAGUCAAGUUCCAGUCCUUUUUUUAAUAAAUGUGUAAAGUAUAGAAUUCCAUUUGAAAAUGGAAAUAAUAGAAGAGACUCCGUACUCCAAGGGUGAGAGUGCGUGGUUGCGUAUAGCCCGGCGCCGGCUGCCGAUCCUGGAGUGGGCGCGGCGGUAUGAUCGCAUGGCGGCAGUGGCGGACCUGGUGGCGGGAGUAACCCUCGGGCUUAUGCUGGUGCCGCAGAGCCUCGCGUAUGCCAGCCUCGCUGGUCUUCCGCUGCAGUAUGGACUAUACUCUUCAUAUAUCGGCACCAUACUGUACGUGUUCGUGGGGACUGUGAAGGAGGUGUCCAUCGGUCCUACCAGCCUGAUGGCGCUGCUGACGCUGCAGACGUGCCGCCACCUGCCCCUCGAGUGCGUAGUGCUACUCACCUUCCUCUCUGGCUGCGUCGUGCUGCUCAUGGGCGUGCUCCGACUAGGUUGCCUGGUGCAGCUGAUAUCACCCUCAGUGACGAGCGGGUUCACGUCAGCCACGGCGGUGAUCAUCAUGGCCUCGCAGGUGAAGGGCCUCCUGGGACUUAGUUUCACCGCUGAAACUCUGCUCGAGAACGUGCAGGAGAUCAUCGCCAGGUGGAACGACAUACGCUUGGGAGACUGUUUGCUGGGAGCGACCUGUUGUACAGUGCUUUUAGUGUUGAGGAAAUUAAAGGACCUGAAGGUGAGCCCGAAGCGUCUCAGACUGCAGAAAACACUGUGGCUUAUUUCAAUAAGUCGAAACGCGCUGGUGGUGACCGUUGCCGCUAUAUUCGCAUACUGCAGUUACAACCCCAGUAAACUUCUUGUCAAACUCUCAGGUUACGUAGAGCCUGGUCUUCCGUCGCUGGCGCUGCCGCCAUUCAGCGUCACCUCCGGAAACCACACGCUCUCCUUCUCGGAGAUGGUGCACGAGCUCGGCUCCGGUCUCCUCAUGAUACCCUUUGUCAUGGUGUUGGCUAACAUCGCUAUCGCUAAAGCCUUCUCUGGCGGCGGCCGCGUGGACGCGACGCAGGAGAUGCUGACGCUGGGGCUGUGCAACGUGGUGGGCGCGCUGGUGCACGCCAUGCCCACGUGCGGGGCCUUCACGCGCUCCGCCGUCUCGCACUCCAGCGGCGUGCGCUCGCCCGCCGCCGGCCUCUACUCCGGCAUCAUCACGUUGCUGGCCCUGAUGUUCAUAACGCCGUACUUCUAUUAUAUUCCCAAGGCGUGCAUAUCGUCCGUUCUAAUUUGUGCCGUCAUGUUUAUGGUGGACUUCGAUAUAGUAGGGCGGCUGUGGCGGACCAGCAAGAGCGAGCUGAUGGUGCUGGUGUUGACGUUUGUGAUAGGUGUGACGAUGACGGUGGAGCUGGCCGUGCUGGCGGGCGCGUUCGCCAACCUCGCCAUGCUGCUGCGAGCGCUCAUGGUGCCGCCGCUGCAUCUCCAUACCGUCAAGAGUGGUGGUGGUGAGUGGUGCGCGGCGGCGGUGUGCGCGCCGGCGAUGAUGUUGGUGUACGUGAACGCGGAGGGCGUGUGUCGCCGCGCGCUGGCGGCGGCGGCCCGGCUGGCGCCCGCGCCGCUGCUGCUCGACUGCGGCCGACUCGCCCGGCUCGACGUCUCUGCAGCACAGAUUUUACAGCGUCUCGCAAAAAAAUUAAAAACCACCAAACAGCAGCUGAUCAUAUUCAACGUGUCCCCGGAGGUGGCGCAGGGGCUCGAGUGCCUCCAGGACAUCGACAAGAGCGCCUUCCGCGCGACCACCGCCUCCGAAGCACUAGCAGCCGCCGCCCGCCCGCGGGACGACGAGGCCGGCCCGUUGCUCGCGGACGGGCCCGAACACGCUUGACGAUAACCCCGAACUUAGGAAUUACCUCCUCUAGCUUUCUCGUUUCCUAGUCGAAUUAUUUCGGAAAGUAAAAUUAUGUUAUUAGCUACCUUUACACGUUA